AUGAUUGAGGAAAAGAGACAAAAUAGACAAUUAUCGCAGCAAGAAUGCCUUGCUGAGUUACUGUCUGUUUUUGGCAACGAAGCGCCACAUCAGUCGACAAUUUCCCAUUGGUAUGGAAAAUUCAAACGUGGACGGGUGAGUCUUAGCGAUGAUCCCAGGGUGGGUGCACAAAAAACGGCAGUCACCCAGGAAAACGUCGAUGCUGUGCGCAAACUCAUCAUUGAAGAUAGACAUGUGACAUAUCGCGAGAUUGAGGCGUCCUUGAAGAUCUCAAAGACCUCAUUUCAAAAAAAAUUACAUGAAUUAGGAGUAAGAAAAUUAGGUUCUCGUUGGAUACCCCACCUGUUGACUGAAGAGCAGAAAGCAGCCAGGGUUAAUUGGUGUCAAAAAACGCUUGACCGUUUUAAUUCCCGAAACUCAAAAAAUGUGUACAGCACUGUUAGUGGUGAUGAAUCGUGGAUUUACUUUUGGGUGUUCCAAGUUGAAGAAAAGCCAACAAAAGUCAUCCGUUCUCGAAGUGUUUCGAAAAAGAUGGUCGCGACAUUUGUGUCAAAAGCGGGUCAUAUUGCAACAAUUCCUCUUAAUGAGCAAAGAACUGUUACUGCGGAUUGGUAUACCACCAAUUGUUUGCCAAAAGUCAUCACCGAGCUUCGAAAAAUCAACCCCGAAAGAAGAAUCAUCCUCCACCAAGAUAAUGCAAGCUCGCUCAGAGCCCAAAAAACAAGGCAGUAUUUAACGGAAGAAAACGUGGAAUUAUUGGACCAUCCUCCAUAUAGUCCCGAUCUAAGUCCUAACGAUUUCUUUACUUUUCCCAAAAUUAAAAACAGACUGCGUGGUCAAAGGUUCCAGUCACCAGAAGAAGCAUGGAAUAUGCUUCGAAAAUUGAUUCGUGGAGAAUACUUCGAAAAACAAUAA